UUAGCCUCCGCGUGAUGGCGGUAUGAGGCAGUCCCUGCAAACCAGAGCGUGGGAGUUCCUGCCUUCGCCAUGUCGGGGUGGUGCUGCAACGCGCUGAGGAUACCCUGAACCGAGCAUAAGUCUCCCAGCCCCCCUCCUGUCGCUCCAUCCAUCCAUCUAUCUAGCCAUCUAUCUAUCCGCCCCCACACGGAGUCCAGCACCCACGGCAUCGCUGUUUUCCCGGAGAAACCGCGACGCAUCUUCCCCUGACUGACGGUAGACGGAGGAGAGACGCACCAAGUGAUGCUGCUUCUGCAGCCAGCGCAUCCCGCAGCACCGAACACCGUACGCUCGCCCGUUAGGAGUAGGCGCACUUUCCCCGGUAUCUACAACAACCCAUGAAGAUGUCCAACGCAGACAUGGGUUUAAACCCUACCGACCGCGUCAUUAAAUCGGUGCCGUUUCCGCUGAGCCACAGGUUAAGCAUGCGAGAGGUUUUCGACUGUGAGGGGAAACCUCGAGUGGACCUGCUGAAGGCUCACCUCACUAAAGAGGGCCGCGUGGAGGAGCCCGUCGCCCUGCGUAUUAUUAAUGAGGGGGCCGCCAUCCUCCGCCAGGAGAAGACCAUGCUGGACAUAGAGGCCCCUGUCACAGUGUGUGGAGAUAUCCAUGGGCAAUUCUUCGACCUAAUGAAGUUAUUUGAGGUUGGUGGGUCUCCUGCGACAACAAGGUACCUAUUUCUUGGGGACUAUGUUGACCGAGGGUACUUCAGUAUUGAGUGUGUUCUAUACCUCUGGUCACUGAAAAUCCUCUAUCCGAAGACACUGUUUCUACUGCGGGGAAACCAUGAAUGUAGACAUCUGACUGAAUAUUUCACUUUCAAACAAGAAUGUAAAAUCAAAUACUCAGAGCAGGUGUAUGACGUGUGCAUGGAUGCGUUUGACUGUCUGCCUUUGGCUGCUCUGAUGAAUCAGCAGUUUUUGUGCGUUCAUGGGGGCCUGUCUCCAGAGAUCCACACGUUAGAUGACAUCAAGAGGUUGGACAGGUUCAAGGAGCCCCCGGCGUUCGGCCCCAUGUGUGACCUCCUGUGGUCUGACCCUCUGGAGGACUUCGGCAAUGAAAAGAGCCAAGAUUACUUCAGCCACAACUCUGUCCGUGGAUGCUCUUACUUCUACAGCUAUCCUGCAGUGUGUGAGUUUUUACAGACCAACAACUUACUGUCGGUCAUCAGGGCACAUGAGGCUCAGGACGCAGGUUACCGUAUGUACAGAAAGAGUCAGACCACAGGCUUCCCGUCCCUCAUCACCAUAUUUUCAGCUCCAAACUACCUGGACGUUUACAAUAACAAAGCGGCCGUGCUCAAAUAUGAGAACAACGUGAUGAACAUACGACAGUUCAACUGCUCGCCACAUCCGUACUGGCUGCCUAAUUUCAUGGACGUCUUCACCUGGUCUCUGCCCUUUGUUGGAGAGAAAGUGACAGAGAUGUUGGUGAAUGUCCUCAGCAUCUGUUCUGACGACGAGCUCAUGAACGACGGAGAUGAGAUCUUUGAUGCUAAUGCUGCAGCCGCUCGUAAAGAGGUCAUCAGGAACAAGAUCCGUGCCAUUGGCAAAAUGGCCAAAAUGUUCUCAGUCCUGCGAGAGGAGAGUGAGAAUGUGUUAACCCUGAAAGGCCUGACCCCUACUGGCAUGCUACCAAGCGGCGUACUGUCCGGUGGAAAACAGACCUUGCAGAGUGCUACCGUCGAGGCCAUUGAAGCCAUCGAGACGGUUGAGGAUGGAGAAGCUAUCCGUGGCUUUUCUCCACAGCACAAGAUCACCAGUUUCGAGGAGGCGAAGGGUCUGGACCGUAUAAACGAGCGCAUGCCCCCUCGCCGAGAUGUGGUCAACAGUGUGGGGCUCUCCAUGGGCAAGAUGAACAUUGCCGAAUCCAACGGCACGGAUGACAACAGCAAUAUUCAGUGAUUCAUCUCAUCCUCCUCGUCCAGUCCCUUGCUCACCCCUGCUCCUUCUCCCAUUAUGCAAUUCUCCCCUCAUUUUCAGUGCUACUGUCUGUGUAGCAGAUGGAUUAUGCGAUAUAUUUAGACCGAACUCCCUGCUUGGUGUUCAGCGGCCUCAACAACAAAUUUGAGACGGACAGAAGGGAUGCGUCUCUAUUCAGAACAAGAAUGCAAAGAUAUUCAUAAGGGCUGGAGAAGAUCAUGGGUGAAUUCCAAACAGCAUUUUUGCACCCUUGAUGGGCACUCCGAGAAGAAGACGCAACUUGAAGGGUUGUUCCAAAUGAAAGUGAGCAACUGAGUCCCUUCAUUAAGGGCCUUAACGCAAAGCCGUUAGUGAAGGGUACAUGCAGUAACCAUAUUUUUAAAAAAAAUAGUCAUAAUACAGGAAAUCCAAAACUAUGGUAAUAAAAAAUUUCUGUCAAAAAGCAUGGUUAGUUUCAUGGAUUUUACAUGUAUCAUGGAUUUUAAAACCAUGGUUCUUACCACAAAAAUGGUUACAUGGUUACUGCAGGUUUGCUAUAGUGUAACCAUCAGUAGUGUAAUAAAAUCAUUUACAAAUCAUUUACAUUUACAAUUUUGUGGUCAUGGUUUUACUUCAGUAAUCAUAGUUCAACUAUGAUUACUGUAGUAAAACCAUGGUUAAUUUUCGUAAGGGAUGAAUAAAGCUAUUGCGAGGGAAUGCAAAAUAUAUUGCGAGGGAACGCAAAACUAUUUCAGAAAAUAAAUUCUCUCCCUGUCCUCUUAAGGAGAUCUGUAUCCUCAUGAUUCAUUCCGAAACCUGAGAUAAUUUAUUUGAGAUAUUACCUGGGAUUUAAACCUAUGUAAACCCAAUGGGAAAUAUCCCUUACAUAUUUUUUGUUUUUAUCAAGUGCCAUACAUAGACACAAGUUGAAAUAAAUUUGAUUGACAGACACAAAAAAAAAUUAUUUUACUUGCCACAACAAUCUUUACAGCUAAAAACCAGAAUUUUGCUGCUACGUUAUCAAGUUAAGAUUACGAUUCAAAAUUAUACGUGCAGUGAUGUGUGUAGGUGACAAGAAUGCCCUCCUCCCUUCAUAGUACUCAUUUCAAGAGCUCUGCCCUUCACAGUGAGUAGGGCAAAGUGAUACUCACUUUCACAUUGGAAUUCGCCCAUGUUUUCAGUUGGGAAUGAUUGAUUGCGUGAGAGUUGCAUGAUGGGAUAUGGGCUUUGUAAAGUAAAUAUGAACAAAGGGCAUUUCCUGUUGCUUUGUGCAAGCCAUUUCAACAUAAAUCAUGUGCAGGAUAUGAACUAAAGAUAUGUACAAUUCAAUUUCCCUAGUUAAAAUGCAAAUUCUUGAUAUCAUAAAUGAAAUUACUACUAGUAAAACGCUUUUUUAAUUUAUGAUAUCAAUAAUUAGGUUUGCAAUAGUAAAAAUGUUAACUCUUGAUAUCAAAAUGUCAAAAUGACUAGCGGGAAUAUCCAUUCUUGAUAUCGAAAGUGUAAUUGCAACUAGUAAAAAACAUAGUGUUUGCAAUCUGUAACUGCAUUUUCAUUAGUAGAAUUUCACAAUUAUCUGUCUAUUCAAAACCCAAUUACAGAUAAUACAAUUUUUUGAUAACAAUAAUGUUACUAGUGUACAAAUCCAUUCCUGAUAUCAAAAAUGAAAUUACAACUAGUAAAAAUACUCUUUUUUUAAUAUUUGUAUGUUUAUUUCAACAUAGUAGAUUUGGUAUUUCAGAUAUCUGGGAAUGGAUUUCAGAUAUCAAUAAAUGGAAGAGUAAUGAAAGAUUUAAGAUAUCUGAAAUUAACAUUGCCACUAGAGGAAAAAAAAAUAUAUCAAAAAUGAACAUGUUUACUAGUUGUCAUUCAGUUGUUGAAAUCAGAAUAGGCAAUUGCACUAGUAAGAAUGUAAUUAUUGAUAUCAAAAAUGAAUUAUUUUUACUAUUAAGCUGAUACUGUAUGUGUAGUUUGAAUUUCAGCUAGUAAGAAAUUCUUGGUAGAUAUCUGUGUUUUAAGCAGAGUGAUUGACAGAUAAUUGUGAAAUUUUACUAGUAAAAAUGCAGUGACUAUGUUUUCAGUACUUAUGUGUUUUACUUGUUGAAAUUCAGUUUUUAAGAAUUGGUAUUUCCGUGAGUAAUGACGUCAUUUUUUAUACCAAGAAUGUGCUAUUGCAAACCUAAUUACUGAUCUCAAGAAUGAUCAUUUUAAUUAGUGAAAACUGUAUCUACUGUAUAAUUCAUAUCCGGCACACGAUUAAAUUUAGAAAGGGCUUGCAAUAGUUGCUUUGUAUGAAAAGAUGCUUAUUUAUGUGUGUUUGCACUGUAUGUCAGUGUGUGUGGGGGCAAAAUGUGUUAUAUAAUUUUAAGUAGGUUUUCACGAAUGUUUACUGUUCUUUUUCCAGGCCUGCUGUGGAAACUAUAACACAAGGCUACUGCUGUAUUUAUUCUCAAUGAGAGGAAUGUAUGUUUGUGUUUAUGUAAGUGUGUGUGUGAGGUGCUUGAAACCAUUUACUUUAAAAUUCUCUUGCAGUUCUAUGUUUUACUACUAGUACUCAAUAUACAGUAUAGCCCAGGGGCGUAGAUUCCAGGGGGGGAUGGGGGAGCGAGUACAACCCCCCAAUAUUUAUACCAUGAUCAAUGGAAACAUGUAAAUGGAAGGAAAAGCAAAACCAAUAUUACAAAAAUUAACUUCACACAGAUUAUUAUGAUUAAUUCGCAAUUAAUUUCUCGUAAUGCCCCUCAUGCUGUUCAGCUGAGUGCUUGCUGCAUUGUGUAAAUCCGGUGUUGUCACGUCGUGCCGCAGUUGCUAUGGCAGUACUCCCUGUGUCCCGCAGAGUCUGACAAUUUCCCACCUCUUCUCCCUCCGUUCCAUAGCAGAACGAAGGGAAUAUUCAUGUGUGUGUGUGUGUGUGUGUGUGUGUGUGAAACAGGGAGGUGAUGUGACCUAGGGAUUGUGUUAGGCAAUUGUGGAUAUGUGAGACUUCAAACAGAUCUUUGUGACAAUGUGUGGUUUCAAACAGGUCCUUGUCCUGUACAGGUGCACUAGACUGAACAGAUUUCCAGCUACGCAUAAUUCAUGGGAGUUUAUUUUGUAUAUAAAUGCCGUAUAUUUUUAAGGAACGUUUUUUGUUAUUGCUUAUUUUCAUGUUUUUAUUUUUAUUUAAUUCAAGCUAUUUACUUAUUUAUUGUUUGUUUGUUUACAUUGCUGUACAGGUAAUUAAGCUCCAAUGAGGUGUUAAACCUUGCGCUUUUGCGUUUCUUAUUUAAUUGAUGUACAGAAGUUAUCUAGUAGUGUGAAGGAACAUAUAAUUCUGUGAAAUGACAUCCGGGCUGCCAAAGCAUGACUGCAUGGUUAUGUCAAAUGUAAAUCGAAUAUGGACACACCUUAAUGUGUCUCACAUUUUUAAGGAGAAGUAUAUUCUGAUCAUUAUUCUAAACAAUAUGCUGAUUAUUUAUGAUUAUGAUUAUUAUUAUUAAGAGUUCUGCUGGUUUAUUCCACUUUGCCUCAUCCUUGUUUUGGUUGCUCGUGCUUUACUUUAUGAAUAAUGAAAACUUUCAUGGGUUCUUUGUGAUUCUAUAUCUUGUAUUUUUUUCUGGAGCUUCAUUUUGAGCAUCAUGAUUUCCUGAUCUACAAUACAGACAGUGUGAGCAUGCCCUAUGGGACAAAUCUCUUUUUUUACUCUUGAAUAAAAUAUGCAUGAACCUUUU